AUGCUAAAACCUAAUUACUUUAAAUUUAGACCUUUGGUAAAAUUAUUUACUUUAGUGAUUAUAAGUAACCUCCUCUAAUUUAUUCACUUUUAAAAUUCUAAAAGGGAUUGUUAAAUAAAAGAUCAAGGAUUAUUAAGUUUAAUCUCAUAGAUCUCAAGAUGCACAAACCUUUCAACUUUAAUGCUUUAACUUAGGGAUAAUUAAUUGUUCUUUAAGGAUUCUUUAGGUUUUGAAAGAUUGAUGAACCUUAAAAAUUUAAAAAUGGAUCUAAGGGGGAAUUUAAUUUAUUAAAAAGGUAUUAUUACUUUAGGCUCUUGUUUAGAAAAAUGUAAGAAUCUUAAAAAUCUUUUUAUUGAUCUCUCUAGUGGCAAUAAUUUAUCAACUGUUAGUAUUAAUGACUCAGUGCCCAUAGUAUCAAAUCUUAAGCUUAUUUAAUCUUUAACUCUUAAACCAUGGUAUAAAAAAUAUGAAAAAAGUGAUAUUAAUUAUUUAAUUCAUCAAUUAAAUGAAUUGCGAAAACUAAAUUAUUUAAAUCUAACAAUUGAUUUCUCUGCACCUGUAAUAAAGGAUAUGAAAUAGUAAUUCUAUAAUAAAUUGAAAAGAUAAAAUAUUAAAUUAGUUUAGAUAUUAAAUGUGUGA